ACACUGCACUUGCACUUGGAGGUCUGCUUACAUGACGCGGGAUACUUUACCUUGGUGGAGUUACGACUAUCAUUACAGCUACUGGAGUUUGUUUUUAGAAGCAAACAAAUGUGAGGUUAAAGGGAGAGACAGGCGUGGAUCAAGAGAGCCUCUCCACAUUCCUCCUGAUCUGGCUUGGCGCCAUCAACAGUCAGGCGCUGCUCACCGUGUUCGGCGGUGACGUCAGGGCUUCUCGGGUUCUGAUUGGACGGUUGUGGCUCAGUUUAAAUGCCCUCCAGUCGAUCCCCCUUCGAACAGCCACAGCGCACGGCGCGAGGGCGACGGCUCGUGACAGCUGCUGGAGCUCCGGACACCUGUUGCCACGGAAACAGCACCGGCGGGAAAAUUACAGAGGACAGAAACAAGAAAAAGAGACCCGCCGCCAGGUGUUUCCUCCACAGCUGUUAAAGACAGUCAGCCAUGUCGUCCACAGUGCUGCUCAGUCUGCUGCGUCGCGGUCGCUCCGCCGUCACCAGACACACCUUCGUCGCCGCACACUCCUCACCUGAAAGCUCUGCGGUGUCUGGGCAGGUGGGCAGGGCGUUGGUCGGCGUGCGAUGGGCCAGCGGGUCGGUCCGCUUCAACUGUGACAGCAGCGGCCAGCCGGUCACCUGGGACUCAUUUGGUAUUUGGGACCACAGGAUAGAAGAACCAGUCCUGCUGCCCUCCAGUAUCAGAUAUGGAAAACCCAUCCCACAGGUCAGCCUGUCCCGGGUCGGCUGUGCGUCUGUUUUGGGCCUCAGGAAGCAGAACGAGGACCGUCUGCGGGUCGCCCGUAUCCAUGACAACCUGCUGUACUUUGCCGUGUUCGACGGCCAUGGCGGCCCGCACGCCGCCGACUACUGCUACACCUUCAUGGAGAAAUUUAUCAGAAGAGCUUUGGAGGAGGAGAACAAUCUGGAGAAAGUUUUAAAGAAAGCCUUUCUAGAUGCUGACGUGGCUCUGCGCACACAUCUCAGCUACUUCAACAACGCCUCCUUCCUGACAGCCGGCACCACGGCGACGGUUGCUAUGCUGCGUGACGGCGUGGAGCUGGUGGUGGGCAGCGUCGGUGACAGCCGGGCGAUGCUGAGCAGGAAGGGACGAGCCAACAAGCUCACCAAGGAUCACACACCUGACCGCGAGGACGAGAGACGCAGGAUCCAGGAGUCCGGUGGCUUUGUGACGUGGAACAGCGUCGGGCAGGCUAACGUCAACGGGCGGCUCGCCAUGACUCGCAGCAUAGGAGACUUUCACCUGAAAACCAGUGGCGUCAUCGCUGAGCCUGAGACGCAACGACUCACAGUCCAGCACGCCAGUGAUUCCUUCCUGGCUCUGACCACCGACGGCAUCAACUUCCUGCUGAGUGACCAGGAGAUCUGUGAUGUCAUCAACCAGUGCCAAGACCCCACAGAGGCUGCUGACGUCAUCGCUCAGCAGGCGCUGCAGUACGGCUCGGAGGACAACGCCACCAUCGUGGUCGUCCCUCUCGGCGGCUGGGGGAGACACCAGAGCUCCACCGCCGUCUACAGCAUGAGCAGAAACUUCAUUUCAAGUGGCCGAUGGGCGUAGACGACACAAACAAACAUCACAGAGCGCCACGACGUUCCACCAAACAAGUUUGACUUGGAGGACGCAAACAUUUUUUGACCUUUAAGGGUGACUGACGAGUUGGCGGCCUGAGAGUCGUGCGGCUCAGCUCUGCGAUGAUGUCGACGUGUGUUUUUGAUUCAGGUUUCAGCUCUGUGUGGAUGUGAGCAAACAAACGAUUUACACGCCCGCGGUCGUGCUUUUGUACCUGCCAGGUAAGCCGAGUCGUCACUCGUGAAAGUGACGUAAAGGUGAAAUUCUGACAUGAAUCAGUUUGUGACAUUCAAGUGCAAAUCUGAGAGGAGUAAAAGUCUGACGUGUCCAGUAGAGACAUGAAGGAAAUAAAAAGCACAGUAAAACCCG